AUGAUAGAAGUCAAUCUGUUCCGUGAAGAAAAAGGUAGCAAUCCAGAGAUCGUCAGAGAAUCGCAACGUCAGAGAUUUGCUAGCUUAGAGCUCGUUGAUGAGAUUAUUAAGCUCGACAAAGAAUGGCGUCAGCGUCAAUUAGAAGUAGAAAGCUUCCGAAAGGAGUUCAACAAGCUGAAUAAACAAGUCGCUCAGCUCAAAAUUAAAAAAGAAGAUGCGACUGAGGUUAUUCGGCAGACGGAGAAAAACAAACAAGACGCUACCGCGAAGGAGGUGGAAGUUCGUGAAACAUAUGCUGCUUUGCAAGCCAAAUUGGAGGCAGUUGGAAAUCUUAUCCCUGACACAGUUCCCAUUGGUGAUGAUGAGGUUAAUAAUCUUGUGAUUAGAGUUUUGGGUCAAAGGAGGUAUGCUUUGCCCGAUCAGAAGCAAAACCAUGUGAAUCUCAUUGGUGUUCUCCGUAUUGUUGAUACCAAAAUUGGUGCUGAUAUUGCUGGAGGGAGAGGCUUUUUCUUAAUAGGAGAUGGUGUGAGGCUUAACCAAGCUCUUAUCAACUUUUCCCUAGACUUCUUGGAAGGUAGAGGAUUUACGCCUAUACAACCUCCUUUUUUCAUGAAGCCGGAUGUUAUGGCCAAGUGCGCACAAUUGGCACAGUAUGAUGAAGAGCUUUACAAGGUGAGGGGUGAAGGAGAUGACAAAUAUCUAAUCGCAACUGCGGAGCAACCACUGUGUGCAAAACAUCGCGGUCAAUCGAUCCAUCCGGCCGAGCUUCCCAUAAGAUAUGCUGGUUACUCGACCUGUUUUAGAAAAGAAGCUGGUUCCAAUGAAAGAGACACACGUCGCAUUUUCCGUGUUCACCAGUUUGAGAAAGUCGAACAGUUUUGCAUCACCGGUCCUGAUGAUUCGUGGGAAAUGCUCCAAGAGAUGUUGAAGAACUCGGAAGAGUUUUACCAAGCGCUUAAAAUUCCAUACCGAGUGGUGUCAGUUGUCUCGGGAGCUUUGAACAACGCAGCUGCUAAAAAGUAUGACUUGGAAGGAUGGUUUCCUGCGUCAGAGAUUUACAGAGAGCUCGUGUCCUGUUCCAACUGUACAGACUAUCAGUCUCGAGGGCUUGAUAUCAGAUAUGGUCAGAAAAAGAGCAAUGAGGAGACGAAGCAGUAUGUUCAUAUGCUGAAUUCGACUCUUACCGCGACAGAGAGGACCAUUUGCUGCAUUCUCGAGAACUACCAGCGAGAUGAUGGUGUGAAUAUCCCGGAAGUUCUGCAGCCGUAUAUGGGCGGCAAGAAGAUUUUGCCCUUCAAAAAAUGA